UCUUUUUCUUCUUCUUUAAAAUAAAUAUAAAUAAAUAAAGCACACACUUUCACUUUUGUGUUAUCAUCAGUUUUCAUAUGACAGUGAACACAUGACUAAAGCCUUACCAAAUACAACAACACCUAGCUAAAGGCAACCAAAUCACCAAAAUCUUCACCACUGAAGCCAAAUCGUUUCUGUUUUCGCCUGUAGAGCCAUAUAGCAUCAACGUUUGGCUAACAAUAAAUCAAUUUUCUGCCAAAAAAAUCAAAUGCUCUGUUUGAGAGAGUAACAAACACAGAGAAAGAAGUAUAGUAGGAGCUCUAGCUUGAAAAUAAAGAACCAGUUGAGGAUUUUACAGAUCUCCUAUUGUACUGAGCUUUCUUCUGGUGAGGUACCUGUGAUGUUAAUAGUAACCGGAGAUGGAAAGGAUACAUGAAGUAAAACAACCACCGAGGCAAUUCCCUUUAGAGGCUAAGGUGACACAUGCCUUUUCAACUUCCAGGAAGGAGAUCGGUGUUAAAUGCAAUGUGCAGGACUUCCGAGAUUUUGACUUGUCUGUUCUGAGACAAACAUGGAAAGGAAAGACCUCGUAUCAGGAGGAAGAGGAACUCAUGAUAGAUGCUGGUUCAGUCAAGCGCAGUGAUGAUUCACUUGAAGACAGUGGCUCUACUUCAUUUCAUGGAGCGAGUCAUCCUCCGGAACCUGUUGAUACAGACCUAAUGAGACCAGUGUACGUACCCAUUGGUCAGAAAAAAGCAGAUGGGAAAUGCUUAGUGAAAAGCAUGUCUUUGAAGGGUCCUUUCCUAGAUGAUCUUUCAAUCCGGGUUCCUAAUGUGAAACCGAGCCCAUCUCUUCUUUCACCUGCAGAGAGCUUGGUUGAAGAGCCAAAUGAUCUGAGUGUAAUCUCCUCUCCGUUUACAAUUCCUCGUCCAUCUCAAAACACAGAAGCAAGUCUGCCUCCUGACUCCGAAGAGAAAGAAUGUAUUUGGGAUGCAUCGCUGCCUCCAAGUGGCAAUGUAAGCCCACUUAGUAGCAUUGAUAGUACUGGUGUGGUGAGAUCUAUGAGCAUUGUCAACAGUUGCACAAGCACGUAUAGGAGUGAUGUGAUCAUGAGCGAUGGCAUGCUUAGUGUGGACAGAAACUAUGAGAGCACAAAAGGGAGCAUUCGUGGGGAUUCACUUGAAAGCGGUAAAACUAGCCUUAGCAGAGCAAGUGACAGCAGUGGGCUUAGUGAUGAUAGUAAUUGGAGUAACAUUACUGGCAGUGCCAAUAAGCCUCACAAAGGAAAUGAUCCUAGAUGGAAGGCUAUUCUCGCGAUUCGGGCACGUGAUGGUAUAUUAGGAAUGAGUCACUUUAGGUUACUCAAAAGACUUGGUUGUGGAGACAUUGGCAGUGUUUAUCUUUCUGAGCUUAGCGGGACUCGCUGCUAUUUUGCAAUGAAAGUGAUGGAUAAGGCUUCACUUGCGAGCAGGAAGAAACUGACUCGUGCUCAGACAGAAAGAGAAAUCCUGCAGUUAUUAGACCAUCCAUUCUUGCCAACCUUGUACACUCAUUUUGAGACCGAUCGCUUCUCAUGUUUGGUCAUGGAAUAUUGUCCUGGAGGAGAUUUACAUACUCUACGACAGCGACAACCUGGGAAGCAUUUUUCGGAAUAUGCUGCAAGGUUUUAUGCAGCAGAAGUUCUACUGGCGCUUGAAUAUCUACACAUGCUUGGUGUUGUGUACAGAGACUUAAAACCUGAAAAUGUUCUUGUGCGUGACGAUGGCCACAUUAUGCUUUCAGAUUUUGACCUAUCCCUAAGAUGUGCAGUUUCACCCACGCUCAUAAGGACAUCGUCUGGCGAUCCUUCUAAAAAAGGAGCCGCAUUCUGUGUGCAGCCAGCAUGUAUUGAGCCCACAUCUGUAUGCAUUCAACCAGCAUGCUUCCUUCCCCGUAUAUUUAAUCAAAAAAGCAAGAAAAGAUCACCUAAGCCUCGAGCCGAGACUGGGCCUCCAGCUAAUGCACUGCCUGAGCUAGUCGCAGAACCUACUUCGGCACGCUCUAUGUCAUUUGUUGGGACUCAUGAAUACUUGGCCCCCGAGAUUAUCAAGGGAGAAGGCCACGGCAGUGCAGUUGAUUGGUGGACAUUUGGUAUUUUCCUGCAUGAACUACUAUAUGGUAAGACCCCAUUCAAG